AUGGCCCAGCCUGGCCUUGAGGCCAGCUCCUCCGGUGAGGAAACCCUCAGGGCUCAGUACAUGGUCCUGGGGAGGCUUGGCCAGGGUAGAUACGGCCAGGUGAGACUGGCCUACCACUGCCUCACCGGGACCGAGGUGGCGGUGAAAUGCCUGAAGAAGACAGUGCAUAAGGCGUUGGAGGUGGAUCUGAUGCGGGCCCUGCAGCACCCGCACGUGAUGCGGCUGUUCCAGGUCAUCGAGGCGGAGCAGCACAUCUUCCUGGUGAUGGAGCACGUGGGAGGAGGGCAGCUGUGGCACCACGUGCUACAGUAUGGCCGCCUGCGGGAGGGGGAGGCCCGGAGGCUGUUCUGGCAGAUGGCCUGCACCCUGCACUACUGCCACACCAAGGGCAUCGCCCACAGGGACUUGAAGCCCGACAAUAUCCUCCUGGACAAGUUGGGCAACGUGAAGGUCGCGGACUUCGGCAUGGGCACCUGGUUCAUGCCCGGCCAGAAGCUGCACUUCACGUGUGGUGCUUUAGCAUUUCGGGCUCCAGAGGUCUACCUGGGCCACACGUACGAAGGCCCCAAGGUGGACGUCUGGAGCCUGGGCGUCAUCCUCUACUUCAUGGUCACCGGGAAGCUGCCAUUCAAAGGCAACAGCUACCAGGAGCUGAAGCCCCGGGUCCUGAAGGGAAGGUACGUCCUCCCCUACCACAUUUCAGCUUUGGGAUGGAGCCUCAUCAACUGCUUGCUGACCCCCAACCCCGCGCAGAGGCCCACGCUAAAGGAGGUCCUGCUCCACCCGUGGCUCAGCCACGCGGAGGACUGUCCACCGACACCUUCCAGCGAAAAGCCGUUCCCCGUCCGCCUGGACCCCACCAUCGUGGUGGUCAUGACAGACAUGGGAUUCGAAUCCCGCAAGGUCCGGGACUCUCUGCUUCGCAGGCGAUGCGAUGAGGCCGCCUGCACCUACCACAUGCUCCAGUGCCAGAAACGCCAGGGGCGCGAGGCCAUCGUCCAACUGAAGCCCGUGCGUCACAGGGCGAGGUCCUGCCCAUCCCCCGAACCUCCUCCCCCCUUCCCUCUGCCCCGAAAGACGAGUGCCAGUGUGCCUGCCCUCCGCCCCAUCACCACCUCGCCCCAUGGGCACCCGCCGGAGGACGACGCGCAGUCGGGGCAGGGGAGCGGCCGAAGGACCAAGUCUGCCUCGCCCCUCUCCACGCUUCAGAAGACGACGAACUCCCCACACACCGCCCCCCAGCCUGGUCCUGCGGCUGCCCUCUCCUCCUCCUCCUCCUCCUGCUGCUGCCACAGCAGUGGGGGGCACACAGACAGCAGCAAGUUGUCCCUCGGCACGGCCCUGGAAGAAAACAGUCCGCCCAUGGGGAAACUCCAGGGCGAGGACACACCCUCUGUCUGUGACGCAGAGGGAGCCCCACACCCAGGGCAGCCCCCUGGUGGGACUCCACCCUCUACCAGUGACCAGCGCCAGGGCUGGAAGGCAGUGACCAGGAGGAUGCCUGCUGCAUCCUGAGAAUGUGCUGCUGCCUUCCAGCCCGAAGGACUCGCCCCAGUAGCGGAGUGGCCAGGGAGCCGGGGGGACACCAGACAGUCAGAAAACCAAGUAGGUGAGUGGCCAGGGAGCUGGGUGGACACCAGACAGUCAGAAAACCAAGUAGGUGAGUGGCCAGGGAGCCGGGUGG